AUGGGCACGCCAUAUCCGACCGCGCCACAACCCGUCGACAGUGAUCCAUACCAGGACAUUAAAGACUUUAUUCAGAUUUACGACACAAAUAACCUGACCCUCAUUAGCAACGAUGGAUUCUUCUCCGCGCCAUUAAAGGAGUACUGUCCGUCUGGCGACUGCAUGAAGGACUGCCAGAACAUGACCCGCGUCUUCGCCUCGGUGCCAAACGGCGUCAAGUCUGACGCCCGCGACUACGGCCGGCCGAAGAGCAACACGUCUGUUUCGCUCUUUGGUGUCUGCACCAACCUAGACCACAUCACCGAGGUACUGCCCACAUAUAAGAAGAUGGACAAGGUCCGGGGCUACUUCAACGUCAACCCGUCCGCCAAGUCCAACAUUACCCGCACAACGUCCAAGAUUGCCUCGUGCUACGCGAGCACCUGCGAUCUGACGCGCGAGCCCGACAAGUGCAAAGAGGCCUGUGCCAUGGACAACUUCCUGGCCCAGCCGACGCGGCUCAACUUUAACCUCCACAAUAAUAAUACGGGUGCCAUGGCGUGCAUUAGCCGCCUGUGCGACAACACAUGUGGUCUGCCAUAUGCGAACCAAGACGUUCUGGGCAUUGGGGUCUUGACUACUUACUAUGUCCAAGCCUUGACACUGCUUGUAAUUGCAACAGCCUUUCUUACCUCCGCGGGCUACCAGGUAUGGGGCAAAAAGAAGCAAAAGCCCAACGUUUUCGAGAAAGCGAAGAGUCCUCUUCAUACAUUCCUUUCGGCGCAAUCAUAUUUUGGAGUUUCCGUGGCUGUGGCAACUUUCGCGAUGCGGCCGGCAAGUGUAGAUGCAUUAAAUGGGUAUGCCUUGGUUGCUUCGUCGAUUAUGGGAUUCGUCCCGCCGGUGUUUACUCUCAUGCUGCUGCACAGCCAUGGAGUAAAAUCUUGGUUCUCGACUGGGGUUGUGCUAGGCAGCUGGGCUCUCAACUCUGUCACAUUCUUCAUCUUGGUUGACAACUUGUCGUCAGUAAAGGGCGAUUCCAACUUACUCGGCGUUGGGCUGCAGACCCUAUUCCACACAACCUCUUGCGGAGGCUCAUCAGCCAUGGCGCUCUGCCAUCAGCUCACGGGCGCAGAGCCGCUGGUAUACCUGGACAGCUUCUUCAACAAGAACCCGAUUCCAAACAUCAAAAACGUUCCCAUGCUCUGGGCUUUUGCAACAGCGGUGCUGCUGGUGGCAGUCAGCCGGCAAGCCUUCCAGAGCUGGACGCGCCAUGGCGAAAAAUCGGUGGAAGCUGCCCACAAGCCAGGACUGACGGCGUUGGCGGAAAGUAGGCGUGCAAAGAAUAAAGCAUCUACCUUUUUUAACCGCAAAGCCGUGAGAUUCGGCCUGCUGCUGCUUACAACGACGAUCUUUUGCUUCGCACUCGGAUACGAGUUUCGUGUCGUGCGAGAAUACCAGAAAAUGGACAUUAUUGACAAAAAAGGAUGGUCGUUCGGUCAAGUUGUUGCCGUGUUGUUCUGGGUCCCGCCGCUUUUGGACACGGCGCAUGCACUUUUCAAAAGUUCCAGUCCGAGUAGCUCCGCGGUGAACGAGGAGAUGGAGAAGAUGCAGCCAGAGCGCCGCCAGAGGCGGCGCGAAGCUGAUGAACCUCUGGCCUAUGCGCACCUUCGGGCAUCAUCAAGCCACCCGGCGGGCCACUCAUCUUACAGCCCGAAUGGUACGGAGUCGUGGAGCGAUGGGGAGAACCUCCUUACGAGCGCCCAUAUUCGUCCGGUCGCAGAUGCUGGCGCUUUGCGAGCCAUCACCCGACGGCCAGUUUCAUAUCACCAUGUUGGCGAUCAUGAACGGAAUGAGCAGGUGUGA